AUGACCACUCGGGCCGACUCCACAGGCCUCGUUCCCGCCACGUCAUCGUCGUGGGCGGCCCUGCUGACCACCGGCGCCAGGGGAGAGCGGGAGAGCCUCUUCGGCUAUCUGCAGGGCCUCACCUCGAGCCCGCGCGUCACUGACGAGGAGCAGCGCGAGCGGGAGCGACUCUACCGCCGCCUGGUCAAGCGGCAGCGACGAGCCCGCCUCCGCGGUCCCAGUCCUCCCCCCCGGCCCCCGGCAUUGGGAUCCCACCAAGAUGAGCGAGAAAAAGAGAACGAAAGCGACGGGCUCUCCGGGAUACACCCGGACGCAGUCAGAGAACGAAAGCGACAAAGAACGAAGGCGCCUGAGGCGAAAGAGCGAAGCGAGAACGGGACGGAGGCGUGGAUGACCCGCGCGGCGCUGGACCAUUACGGCGGGAUCUACCACCCUCAGCCUAGGCCGUUCGUUCGAUCGUGGACCAACACCAACUCGUCGCUCUACGCCUCCACCACGUCGCCCUCGCCGCCGUCGUCCUUCUACGACCCCGGCUUCUACGCGCCAUCCUCGUCUUCGUCUUCGUCUUCGUCUUCGCUCCCGCGUCUGCCCACCACCGCCCCGGCGUUCGCUCAAAAGUCUCCGCUCGACAACGCGACACUGGUGGGUGGCCACCACCAGCCGCCGCCGCCGCCGCACUGGUCGUCCGCGGCCACUACGCCCUAUCUCGGCUCGUACCCGGCGCACGCUGGCGGUUCAGGCGGCGAUCAAGAGCCGCUAUCGGUCGAAGCUUCUGCUUCUGCUCUUCCUCGGCCUGAUCGCGCCCAUCACUUUCCGCCGUCUCCUUAUUCGCACCAAGAUCGCAACUCCAUCCAUCAUCCCUCGUGGGACCAGGCCCCGCGACACCAAGAUCACCAGCUCUACCACCACCCGGCAUCGCCGCCCUAUCAGGCCGGCGCCAGCACACUGCCAACCGCGUCACGACCUCCGAACCCAGCCCCGUCGGCCAGCUCUGCGGCGACAUCGACAAUGGCAGCGCUUGGGCGUGACCCCGUAGCGUGCCUCGAGUGGGACUGCACUCUCGAAGACUCGCCGCUGGACCCUACAACAACGCUCGGCCACGAACUACAACAACCACCACAGCAACAGUACCACCAGCCGCAUCACCAACACCAGAUCCACCACCGCCAGCAACAGCAGACCUACUAUCAUCAGUACUCGGAGCCUUCGGCCAACGCCAGCGAAGCCGCGGUGGCGACGAACUCGUACACUUCUCGCUUCGGCCACCGAGAUGAAGCGACGAUGAUCACCUCCGCUGAGAUCUGCCGAACAGCCGCUGCACCGCCAAACAUGUCGGCGACGACGGAGAGCCCGCGCGGGGGAGCGUUGACGCUGGUGGACGACGAUCAAGGGCCGCGGCUGUCGCCCGGUGGCCUGGCGGACCUCCUGCUGCUCUACCCCGAGAGCGCGCGGCACGCGCUCCAGACACGAACGCAGCGGCCAACACCAACGAUGACAACCACCGCGGCUGCCACGUCGUCGUCAUCGUCGAUGUCGGCAGCUGAUGCUGCGGCGUUGCCAUCGCUCGGGGUGUCGGUGCCCUCGCCGCUGUUCGCCUGGUUUGCGGGCGGACAUAUAAAUAAUAACUAA